UUGAACUUUUCCAAAUGUAGUCCCCCAUGGGACCACAGUUAUGUAAUUUAAGGUUUUGUACAGUAUCUCAUUGGAAUGAAAAGGCUGCAACACCAUCUUCUGAUUGGAUCGCUGUAAACCGGUUUCGUUCAGUUGCACUGUGGUCGUAGCGCGCUAAAAAAAACGUCGCUAGAAAUGUGGACGUCGCUUUAGAAGAGGUAUCUGGAAUAUAAUCUCGCGAUUUCUUGAAACGAGAGUAAAUAGUCGCCAUUUUUACGGAGAGAGGGUGGAAGAAACGCGCAAAGGAGAGUCUCGUACAGUUAAGCUAGUUAGCUUACUAGCUACUUAUUUUGAACUGAACCUGAAUAAAAAACUUAUUUAUGACCAUUUUGCAGUUUUUUUGUUUCGUUUUAAACCACACGAUAAUCGAAGAAGCAAAACGCCUGAUCCGCAGCAAGCACGCCGUCAGGCCUUGGGGAAUAUAGCUAACCAGGCACAUUGCAUGUACUUAGCUAGCUAGCCAGGUUGCUGCUGAUCGAGUGGGAAACCUCGCCGAUUCGCUGAUUUUUCCUCCCUGGAAAGCUACAAUUUUGAGGAUUGGCUACGUUCUAAAAUGAUCAUAGAAAACCUUGAUGCCUUGAAGUCGUGGCUUUCAAAGACCCUCGAACCCAUAUGUGAUGCGGAUCCUUCUGCCCUUGCAAAGUAUGUGGUUGCCUUAGUGAAAAAGGACAAAACCGAGAAGGAACUGAAAGCACUAUGCAUUGACCAGUUGGAUGUAUUUCUUCAGAAAGAGACGCAGACCUUUGUCGACAGGCUUUUCGACGCUGUGAACUCAAAGAGCUAUCUACCUCAGUUCGAGCAGCCCACAUCCACUGGAAGGACAGAACUUCACCAGAGGCAGGAUAAAGACGACCUGAAAAAAGAUGAGCCAAACAAAGAGGAUGAGAGGGAGAAGAAGUUCUCAAGAAGGGUGAACCACAGCCCCCCCCAGUCCAGCUCGCGAUACAGAGACAACCGACGAGGGGAUGACCGCAAGAAAGACGACCGCUCCAGAAAGAGGGACUACGACCGGAACCCACCAAGGCGGGACUCGUACCGAGACCGCUACAACCGCAGGCGCGGUCGCAGCCGCAGCUACAGCCGCAGCCGAAGUCGCAGCUGGAGCAAGGACCGCCCGCGUGACCGGGAACGUGACCGGGAGAGAGACCGCGACAGAGAUCGCACCAGGAGCCGGUCCAGGAGCCAGAGCAGGACCAGGAGUGAAAAGGACGCUGGGAAGCCCAAGUAUGAGCACGAGCGGGCGGAGCGGUGCGAGCCGGUGGAGAGCUACACUCCGGCGCCCCUGGUGGCCGGUGCCGUGUCCAGCCACUUCCCCGUGCCCACGCUCAGCAGCACCAUCACCGUCAUAGCGCCCACUCACCACGGCAACAGCACCACCGAGAGCUGGUCGCAGUUCCACGAGGACCACCCGCUGGAGCACGGCUCGUACGGGAGGGGACCUCCCCAGCGCAAGCGCUGCCGUGACUACGACGAGAAAGGCUUCUGCAUGCGCGGGGACAUGUGUCCAUUCGACCACGGGAGCGACCCCGUGGUGGUGGAGGACGUCAACCUUCCCAGCAUCCUCCCCUUUCAGGCCCAGCCCCAUCCCGUGGUGGACGGCCCGCCCCCUCCUGGGCUCCCUCCCCCUCCUCCUCUGAUGACGCCCCCGCCCGUCAAUCUGCGCCCUCCCGUGCCCCCGCCAGGCACCAUGCCCCCUAGCCUCCCGCCCGUCGCAGGCCCGCCUCCGCCCCUCCCGCCCCUGCAGCCCUCUGGAAUGGAUGCCCCGCCCAACUCCAUUACCAGCUCUGUGCCAACCAUCGUCACGUCAGGGGUGCACCUGCCCCCUCCCCAAGCCCCGCCUCCUCUCCUCACGUCAGACACGUACGAGCACGACGUGUACAACCCCGAAGCGCCGAGCAUAACCAGCAGCGCCCGCCCCAUGUACCGGCACCGGGUGCACGCCCAGCGGCCCAACCUCAUCGGCCUGACCAUGGGCGAAGACCUGCCCCCCCGAGAAAAGCCCAUGAGCAACAACAACAUGAGGAUAGUGGUGGAGUCUGACCCCCGGAAACGGCCCGGGGGCCACCUCGACGGAGGGGGCCCCCCAAAGAAGCCCUGGUUUGACAAGCACUGUUUCAAUAAGCCCAACCACCAGGGGUUUCACAAGAAGAUGGCGCCUCUGAACGCCAAGCUGGACGUGUGGCAGAUCCCCGCCGAGCUGAACAACAUCAGCAAGCUCAACGAACACUUCAGCAAGUUUGGAACCAUCGUCAACCUGCAGGUGGCGUACCGGAACGACCCCGAGGCGGCGCUCAUCCAGUUCUCCACACACGAGGAGGCCAAGCGGGCCAUCCUGAGCACCGAGGCCGUGCUCAACAACCGCUUCAUCAAGGUGUACUGGCACCGGCAGGACCUACCGCCGCAGGCCCCGCUGCAGACGGGCCUGCAGUCGGCCCCGCAGGCCCCCGUGGCCACCCUGAAGCAGUCAGUGAAGGACCGCCUGGGCCCCAUUCCCUGCAGCGACCCCGAACCCUCACAGGACCCCAGCGUGACUGCUACGAACACGGCAAAAAUGUCGGUGAAAGACCGAUUGGGACUUCCCCCAAAGCCCUCAGUUCCCGGAGGAAAGGUGUUUUCCACGUCCACGGGUCUGACGAAAACCGUGUACAACCCAGCGGCACUGAAAGCGGCCCAGAAGAGCCUGCCCUUCUCCAACACCGCCUUCACUGAGGAGGCUCUGAAGAAGAAGCAGGAGGCUCUGAAGCUUCAGCAGGACGUCCGGAAAAAGAAGCAGGAAAUUCUGGAAAAACACAUCGAGACGCAGAAGCUGCUGAUCUCCAAACUAGAGAAGAACAAAUCCAUAAAGCCUGAGGACAAAGCUAAAGUGAUGGAGACUCUGACCAUGCUGACGAAGAACAUAACCAAACUGCAGGCCGAAAUCAAGGCCGUCUCCAGCGGAAACGCUCAGAAGGUGGUGAAGAGCAAAGCUCAGGCGCAGAAGGAGCUGCUGGACACAGAGCUGGAUCUGUAUAAGAAGAUGCAGGCUGGAGAGGACAUCGCUCAGCUGAGGAUUAAAUACACUCAGCUGCAGCUGGAGGCCGCCAAGCGAGGGAUUCUGGCCUCGGGACGUGGGCGGGGUGGCCACGCCCGGGGCCGUGGGUCUCAUCGCAGCAGGGGGCGGGGCGGGAGAGGGCGGGGCAGGGGGGCCCACACCCACGCCGUCGUCGACCACCGACCGCGGGCGCUGGACAUCUCGGGGUUCACGGAGUCGGACAGAGUGGACCUGCUCCCUCACUUUGCACAAUUUGGUGAAAUUGAAGAUUACCAGAUUGAGGAGUCCAGUCAGACCGCGGUCAUCACCUUCAGCACCAGGGCGGAGGCGGAGCUGGCUGCGGUUCAUGGGAUGAAGCUGAAUAAUCAGGAGCUCAAGCUGGCCUGGCACAAACCUGCUGUCCCUCUCAGCACUGCGGACCCUGAUGAGGCCGAGCCUGAGGAAGAGGAGUUCCCUGAGCAGUCCCUGGUUGAUGACGCCCUGCUGCAGGACGACGACGAAGAGGACGACGACAACGAGCCGCGGUCCUGGCGGAGAUGAAGAGGACCACCGCUCGCACGAUUUACUUUACUUUUCAAAAUGGUUGUUUUUAACAGCGAGUUUCAUUUUGAGUAAACCUUAACAUUUAAUACUGUUUUGCAAAGCAAGUACUACUAAGUGUACCGAGUGUGAGUUUAAGUGUAAAUACUGCAGGAGUAUUAGAGCUUUUUACAUGAUGCUCAGUAGCCUUGAAUGGCUGCUCAUUCAGUUUUUCAGUUUUUUUUUUCUUUUUUCCUUUUAAUUUGGUCUAAUACAUUUGACCAGAUUUAUUUUAUUGAGACAUGGUUCCAUACUAUGGAAUGGAUAUAUGUUGAUAACCCUAAUGAAUGUGUGAAGUUUAGAGACAACCAUGAGACUCUUUGAGUAAAGUUGCAAAGUAGGCUUUACUGUGUAUAAUUAGCCUUUUGGUAGUUGCUUUUGUGUACAUAUUUUAUGUAUGAAUUUUAAUGAUUUGUAUGAUGGCUUUGCUUCGAUCCUUUCUGCCUUUAUUUUGAAAUGUAACAAUAAAGAAUUGAAAUGGUCUGAAUAUGAACUGCAAACAAAAAAGUAAAAAAAAAAAAAAAGAAAUUUGAAAAAAAAAAACAUUGGAAAAAGACAAGGCAAAAAGAGGGAAAAAAACACUCUUCCCAAAAAAAAAUGCAGAAAAAAAUAAAGACCAUUUCAAAACCCCCACCCCCCAUUCCACAAAAAGAGCAAAAAUCCAUUUGCCCCCUCCCUUGAAGUGUGUCUGUGUGUGCGUGUGAAUGUGUGUGUGUACGCGUGUGUGUGUACGCGUAUAUGUAUGUGUUGGUGGGUGUGCAUGUGCGUGUGUGUGUGUAUGCGUAUAUGUAUGUGUGGGUGGGUGUGCGUGCGCCAGGAGUGGGGAAAGCUCCCAAUGGUACAACGGUAAGGACAUGAUGUUUACAUUUCUGCUGUGUGAAAAAUGGCUUCAGGUCCACAUUAGGGCCCUGACCACGGUAUGUUACUAAAGGUAAAUAUGUGGAGUAGUGAGAGAAUGUGUGUGUGUAUAUGUAUAAUCUAAUAUUAGGAUGGAUGUACACCUGUAUUUACUAACAAUGGAGUGUUUGAAGACGUGUAGAUUGAGUUUGUGAUUUCAGGAAUUCUAUGUUACAGUCAUUUUUCCUCUCUACAGAUCAGCAGCACGUUUGUGGCCAGGAGAAAUCGUCAGGAGUAGGACGUGCUGUCUAUGCGUUAAGGAUGUUCCAUGUCGGCACCAGCCAAAAGGCACUUCCUGUCUGAACACUGGAGCUCUGUUGAGGAGGAUGACCCCAGAAGAGUUGGAUGAAAAGAGAGAUAUCCAUCUGUGUGAAGUCAAGAAUAUUAAUACAACAUUUUUGUAUGUUCCUGCUUGUCGCUAUUCAUGACACUUGAUAAGAUUUAAGGCAUUGGCCAUAAUGACAUUGCAAAACAAAUUGUAUUUCAACUAUGUUUCAAGUAAAAUAACUUAAUUGA